UCAAAGCCUUUGAGGGACAAAGAUCGUUUUGCCAACAAAAGUAGCGAUCGGUUUGAAGCUGACCUUACAAGAAGCUAUCCCGUUGUGUAAACCUUACAGGCUGGACCGCGGUCAAGCAGACUUUGAAACGCAAUUCUUUGUUAUUUGCUGAACACGAGCGGCGCUGAAUACACCGACACAUAUUCCCAGGCCACCCUUAAGGAAUUAGAUCACGUGACGCACGGGGCGGUCGAACUACAAGCCAUUUUGGGGACGGUGUCAGUUUCCACUGAACCAUCAGCGCAGCGUUUUUCGAAGAGAAGACUGAAGGCGCUAGCCUAGAGAAAACGCGCAUCAAGCUCGGCCGUUUUACCGGCGGGAGGUCUACGUUCAAGAGCGCUCACAAAUCUGCAACCGAGCACAGCGCACACAUCGACAACCGGACCCUUUCUAUUUUUUUAUUAUUGAAAUGCGCCCCGUUCCGCCGUUCUCUUAUUGCAAUUGACAGCGUCUGCAGCCCUUUUCAAGAUGGCCGCUUGGCUCGUAUUCAUUUUCUACUGAUCGACUCCUAACUUUCAUUGUCUAACCACCUCCGGGCUCCGCUAUUCGCUCCAGCUCAGCAAGGGUCUUUUCCAUCCCAUGACGAUGCAUCGUACAACUAGGAUCAAGAUUACGGAGCUCAAUCCCCAUUUGAUGUGCGUCUUGUGCGGUGGAUAUUUCAUAGAUGCAACAACAAUCAUAGAAUGCUUGCACUCAUUUUGUAAAAUGUGCAUCGUCCGCUACCUGGAAACCAGUAAAUACUGCCCCAUAUGUGAUGUACAGGUCCACAAAACGAAGCCACUCCUCAAUAUUCGGUCUGAUAAAACUCUACAGGACAUUGUCUACAAACUCGUCCCUGGUCUUUUCAAAAAUGAAAUGAAGCGUAGGAGAGAUUUUUAUGCUGAACACCCAUCUGUUGAUGCUGCAAAUGGAUCAAAUGAGGAUCGAGGGGAAGUCGCUGAUGAAGACAAGCGAAUCAUCACAGAUGAUGAAAUUAUCAGUCUGUCAAUUGAGUUUUUUGAUCAAAGGGCCCAGCAGCAAGGCAGCACAGAUGAAAGGCAAAAAGAAGAGGUUAAUAAUAAAAGAUACUUACAGUGCCCUGCUGCAAUGACUGUGAUGCAUUUGAGGAAAUUUCUGAGAAGCAAAAUGGAUAUACCUCCUACUUUUCAGAUUGAAGUCAUGUAUGAGGACGAGCCUUUGAAAGAUUACUACACGUUAAUGGACAUUGCCUACAUCUACACUUGGAGAAGAAACGGACCGCUGCCUCUGAAAUACCGCGUGCGGCCCAGCUGUAAAAAAAUGAAGAUAACCCAUCCACAAGAUGGCGUGAACAAUACAACCCGCUCUGAAAGCGACUCGGCCAGCGACAAGGCCAGCAGUCCCGCCGGAGUUCCAUCCACUUCUUCGCCACUACCGAGUCCAAGCACACUGGUUCAGCCUUCACAACCUCAUUUCACCCACAUUUCCAAUCCUGUUAACGGCACGACGGUGACGAGCCCGAACCGACAGUUCACCUUUGGCAACAAAGUGCGAAAGACGGCGCUGAACGGAUCUUCCACGUCGUCGGGAUGAUGAGGCGGACUACGCGACGAAGCCAACGCCAGAUAUAAUCCAGCUAUUUCCAUGCCAACGUAGUGUCAUUUAGGUCCGUUUCUUUUUGUCAUUAUUCUCGAUACAUUAUACACGUAACUUUUACCGUAGUGGAAAUGACGCGCUUCAAUCGACGCGCUGCUGGAGCUUCUAAGAUCGCGCGAGAACGCCAGAGGCCCGUUUGAUUGCAAAGAGGGGCGCCUAGCGACGGUUGUGGCAUUUUCAAAAUGCAGAAAUGACUGAAUUAUACCUACCUUUUAUAUAUUUUUACUUUCGGUCUACAGUUUCCCUAAACAAAUUGCGUUAUCUGUUGCUUGUAUUUUACAUGUGUAUUAUAAUGUUCUUUAAAAGCAUGAUAAAAAGCAUUUACUUUUGACUUUAGUUUGCCUCUGGGGUAGUUACUAAACAUUCCCGGUAUAUUCUGGCCUUUAACAAUGUAUCAAAGAAAGGCGCAUUUUAUAUAUAUAUAUAUAUAUAUAUAUAUAUAUAUAUAUAUAUAUAUAUAUAUAUAUAUAUAUAUAUAUAUAUAUAUAUAUAUAUAUAUAUAUAUAUAUUGAAUUGGUUCAAAAUCAAAGGACAAAAUACUACAUUAGGACUGUGAGUUAAAAGGGAUAAAUAAAUGCAACGUUAAGUUGUAGUCGGCGUAAUCAUUUUUCUGAUUCAAAGUCUUUGCAAAUUGAAGUUGAAUCUUUGCAGUUAUUGUACGAUUUGCUCCACUGCGCCGGUCCGGGUCCAUCAGUUUGGUCUCGAGGUCAUGCUCCAGUCCUCUAUAGCAUGCACACAGCCUAUAUCUUUCAGACUGUUUCAAGCGGACACACGAAUUUGUCAGAAGACAAACAGCCACUGUUAUACCCCAAACUUCUUAUUCUGGACAACAUUUUGAUGUCUUCAGUGUUCAUUGUCUUAUUGGUCGAUUGUAGACUAUUGACAGCUAUUGUAUUGUGACUGUUGCACAGUAUAAAACAUAUAAAUAAAACAUUUUACACUUUCA